AGCAAUCCGAAGUAGUAUAGAACUUUGCAAUCGGACGAAUUAAAUAAAGCAGAACUAAAAUUAGAUUACACUUGAUUGGUCCGAUUGCAAUUCUCAAUCUAUAGUCUGAUAGGGGCAUAAAAAAUUCUUCAGACAAAAUAAUAAAAAUUUUCCAGAUAUAAAAUUUCAAAAUGUGGCAAAUACUUACAUAAUUGUGAUAAGUUAAUAAUUUUAUUUUAAUAAUCAAUUUUAUCAUUUGAUCGCGUUUGUUUUUACCAAGUAUAUAUAGGAGAUAUAUUAACCUUUCAGACAAUACAUCAAUUAAUUAAUUUGUGUGUCAUGUAGUCAAAACUUAUCAGUAGAGUGUAAUGACCGGUGAAACUGAAAGAACAGAUAGCGGCUAAGCGAUCAUGACUUAUCGCUUAGCCGCUAUCUUACAAUUGUUACGACUUGACGUGGCGAAACCAGGCAAAACGCGCAAAUACACGUAUGAAUGUAUGUGGAUAGGCUAAGGAAACUUCUGUUUAUCGUUGACGUGACUUUAAUUAAACGAUGUGCCUCGUAAAGUACUUCAGAUAUAUGAAGAUGAUAUACAUGAAGAAGCGAUGCUGACUGGGAUCAAGUGAUUCUUGUUGGAUCGAUUCUCACAAUCUUUGAUAGAAAGCUGCAGUGACAACUUGUGCGGGACGCCUUAUCGCAAUUGUAUCGAUAACGUGUCAAUAUUAUGUAACUUUAUCAUGAUACAUCCGAUAGUUUCGCGACACAACCAGCUUAAAAUAAAUUUUGAAACUUUGGAGAGAGAGAAAGAAAUAUAUAAAGCACCUAUUCCUUAGAUUGCACGUAUUUGAAAAUACAAUGAUGUAUUAUUUUUGAAUGAAGAAGAAUUAGAUUUAUAAAAUAUAUAAGAUUAACAAAUAACAAACACAGCACGACAUAAUAAGCAAUGUCAAGCAAAUCUUGGAAUGUUCUGGUGACGGGAGGUGCUGGUUAUAUUGGUUCUCAUACUGUCUUGGAAUUAUUGCAAGCAGAUUUUCAGGUGGUGGUUAUAGACAACCUAAGCAAUGCACAUAAAGAUUCAAAUUCUGAGAAACCAGAAUGUCUUCUCAGAGUAGAAAAAUUGAUAAACAAAGAUAUUACAUUUGUUAAUUGUGAUAUUGUGAAUAUUAAUGACUUGAGAAGUGUAUUUCAAAAGCACACAUUCCAUUGUGUUAUACAUUUUGCCGCAUUGAAAGCAGUUGGAGAAUCAUGUCAGAAACCACUUGAAUACUAUAAAACCAAUGUCACUGGAACUAUAAAUUUACUGGAAGUUAUGUUGGAAUAUAAUGUGAAGCGUUUCAUUUAUUCCAGCAGUGCCACAGUUUAUGGUGUACCUGAGAAACUUCCUUUGAUGGAAAAUAUGAGGACUGGCGAUUGUACAAAUCCUUAUGGAAAAACGAAAUUUAUGGUUGAAGAAAUAUUGAAUGAUUUGUGCAUAUCAAACAAGGAAUUUUCCGUUAUAUCAUUGAGAUACUUUAAUCCUGUUGGUGCUCAUCCUUCAGGUCAGAUUGGCGAGGAUCCUAACGGUAUUCCAAAUAAUUUAAUGCCCUAUAUUGCACAAGUUUCUGUUGGGAAGAGAGAUAUAUUGUAUGUUUAUGGCAAUGACUACGACACGCCUGAUGGCACGGGUGUACGUGACUAUAUUCAUAUUAUGGACUUAGCAAUAGGGCACGUAAAAGCAAUGAUUUAUCAAAAGAAUAAUAAUCCAUCUGGGUUUAAACCAAUAAAUCUUGGUACCGGUAAGGGUUAUUCUGUGCUCGAAGUUAUAAGCGCAUUUGAGAAAGCAUCUGGGAAGAAAAUACCAUAUAAAAUAGUCGAACGUAGACUUGGUGACAUAUCUGCUAGUUACGCGGACGCUAGUGUCGCUAAGAAGGAACUUGGCUGGGUUGCCAUGAAGAAUAUGGAUGAUAUGUGUGCAGACACCUGGAGAUGGCAACAAAGUAAUCCAAAUGGUUACAAACACUGA